AUGCGCCGUGCAAAGCUGUUUGGCAUUUGUGGUGUCGUGCUGGUUGUUGUCCUGGCCCUAACGCUAGGGCUCGUGUUCGGCUUGCAGAGCGAUGACGACGACGGCGGCGGCAGAGACGAUGCUGAACGAUCCUUUACGAUCGAUUAUGAACGGGACACGUUCGUGAUGGACGGUAAGGACUUCCGGUACGUGGCGGGAUCGUUCCACUACUUCCGUGCAUUACCCGAAACAUGGCGCACGAAGCUCCGCACGUUGCGUGCUGGUGGUUUGAAUGUGGUCGAUCUUUAUGUCCAGUGGUCGCUGCAUAAUCCCCGCGACGGGGUUUAUAACUGGGAAGGCAUCGCAAACGUUACCGACAUUAUCGAGGCGGCUAUCGAGGAGGACCUGUAUGUGAUCCUUCGUCCGGGCCCGUACAUCUGUGCUGAGAUUGACAAUGGUGGUCUACCGUACUGGCUGUUCAAUAAAUACCCCGGUAUUGCCGUACGUACCAGCGAUGUCAACUACAUGGAGGAGGUCCGCAAGUGGUACGGUGAGCUGAUGCGUCGUAUGGAGCCGUACAUGUACGGCAACGGUGGCCCCAUCAUUAUGGUGCAGAUCGAAAACGAGUACGGUGCGUUCGGCAAGUGUGACAAACCGUAUCUUAACUUCCUGAAGCAAGAAACCGACCGGUACGUGCAAGGGAAGGCGGUCCUGUUCACGGUUGAUCGUCCUUACGACGAUGAGAUUGGCUGUGGUCAGAUCGAAGGGGUGUUUAUCACGACCGAUUUCGGACUCAUGACGGACGAGGAGGUGGACACACACGCCGCUAAGGUGCGGUCGUACCAACCGAAGGGACCGCUGGUAAACACCGAGUUCUACACCGGUUGGCUUACGCACUGGCAGGAAUCGAACCAACGCCGACCGGCACAACCGCUCGCCGCUACGCUGCGAAAGAUGCUGCGCGAUGGCUGGAACGUCGAUUUCUACAUGUACUUCGGUGGCACCAACUUUGGUUUCUGGGCCGGUGCAAACGAUUGGGGGCUGGGCAAGUACAUGGCGGAUAUUACCUCCUACGAUUACGACGCACCCAUGGACGAAGCCGGAGAUCCCACCAUGAAGUAUACCAUCUUCCGGGACAUUAUCGGGGAGUACCUUGAACUCGCCGUUAUGCCGAUCCCGGAUCCGGCACCCAAGAUGACGCUUGAGGCAUUCCCACUGACCGUCGUUGAUUCGAUUCUGUCCGAGCGCGGACGUACAAUGCUCGGUGUGGAAGCACCGAACAAGGAGGGCCGUUUGCUCACGUUCGAAGCUCUGAACCAGAACUCUGGUUUCGUGCUGUACGAAACGACCCUGCCGAAGCUAACACGUGACCCCAACAUGCUCACUAUCAACGGGUUGCACGACAGGGCGCAGGUGUAUUUGAACCAGUUCCUUGCGGGUACGUUGGCUAGAGAGAACGCUAUCGAUGCGCUCCCGAUUACAGCCGGUUACGGUUCGGAGUUGGCUAUUCUUGUUGAGAACCAGGGACGUAUCAAUUUCGACAUUCUUGACGACUAUAAGGGUAUUUUGGGUAAUGUCACCAUUCAAACGUUCGCCGAACCGUACACGAUGGCGCUGGAGCAGUGGAAGAUCACUGGAUAUCCAUUCGAGGAUUACACCAAGGUGCAACAGUUUAUCGACACCGUUUCCGAAGGUACUGGAGCGAAUGGUCGUGGAAUGGCGGUACAUGGACCGAUUGUGUUAAAGGCUGUCUUUGACAUUCCGGCAUCCGAAAUUAAGGACACCUACAUCAACAUGGACGGAUGGGGCAAGGGAUUCAUCUUUAUCAAUGGAUUUAAUCUCGGACGCUACUGGCCAGUUGUUGGACCACAGGUUACGACAUACUUGCCGAAGGAACUGCUCAAACCAACCGGUAACACCAUCGUGGUGGUCGAACAGCAAAAGGUGCCGUCCGAUCGGAUGCUACACUUCUCCUCGAAAGCAAUCCUCGACGAAGCCUAA